GGCCAAUGGGAAGGAGGAGGCGUGUCCCGGUAGUGGGAAGCGGGGAGCGGGGAGCGUGGAGGAGCGCAGGUCGCACUGGCCGCGGCGCCGGUGCUCGGGAGCGGCAGCAGCCCCGCAGGAUGGCCGUCUGCCCAUGCCUUUGAAGUUUCGCACAAGGACGACCGCUGCAGGGACACAUGGCUACAGCUAGCAAGGGCAGCAAGGCCAAGGGAGGGGGCGUACGCUUCACCCCCAGCCAGCCCGCUGAGGGGGCCCACGGGCAUGUGCACUUCGAUGAGAAGCUCCAUGAUUCAGCAGUGAUGGUGACACAGGAGAAGGACGGCAGCUUCCUUGUCAAGGUGGGAUUCCUGAAGAUCCUCCACAAGUACGAAAUCACAUUCCUCCUGCCCCCAUUGCAGAGGCUGGGGAAGGACAUCUGUGCCAUUCCCCUCCCCAACCUCAACCUCCGAGUCAUCAGCAUCACCCCUCUGCCAGAAGGCUACAGUGUGAAGUGCGAGUACACGGCGCACAAGGAAGGGGUCUUGAAGGAGGAGAUGGUCCUGGCCAGCGAGGCUGGCGAAGGUGCCUGCAUCAAGGUCGUGGUCCAAGCCCGUGUGAUGGAUCGGCACCACGGCACGCCGAUGCUCCUGGAUGGGGUGCGCUGCAUCGGCGCGGAGCUGGAGUACGACUCGGAGCAGAGCGAUUGGCAUGGCUUUGACUAGCCCCCCCGCCCCCUGGCCCGCUGCCACCUGCGUGGUUCCUAAGGACGAAGGUCAAAUUUUAAAAAAAGAACAGAAAAAACCCCCACCAACCAACCCCAACCCCCCCAACCCUACCAGCGUAGGUCCUGGGGGCUGUAGCUCCAUGGACACCGUGGAGCUGGGGGCAAGCUGCUGCCUCCCCAGCUGUGGCCGCCCACUUUCCCUGCUGCAGGUCCGGGGGUCCCCGAAGUGCAGGAUGGGCUCCCCAAAUGUUGGAGCAUCUCUUGCUGGAGCUUUGGUGAGGGAUCCCACUUGCUGCCUCCAGCUGCUCUUGCUGCUUUCCCCUCACUUUUACCCCCAAGCUCCCCAGGAGAGGGGAUGUUUGGGGGUGGCGGAGCCCCAGCUGACCCCCCCGGGGUGAAAUUUUGCCUCCUGGGGUGUGGAGCUGAGCUGGGCCAGGGCAGGAGCUGGCAGUGGAAACUGAUGUCCCUGUGGCAGAGCCCGUCCAUGUCCUCAUGUUGCAGCCAUUGACUUGGUCUCCUUCCAUUUUGGUGGUUUUUUUUUCCCCAGUAAGACCCAUGGUACAAGGACCAGGAGAAGUGGCUCAGUUUCAAAAGCAACAGGAGGCUUUAUGUGCCUAUAUAUAUAUAAAAAUAUAUAUAGAUAUAGUUAUA